AUGCCUACGUUACAGCCGUUUCAAUAGGAGUUUGGCAGGGAGUAUAAUUGGAAAGUUAUUAAAGCCAAUUCAAACCAAACCCACUAGGCCUGGUCUUUCUCAUGAGUUUGAAUUGAAUUUUGAUGCUGUAAAACAGAAUGAAUAAUGGGAAGAAACUGAAGGAGACGCUGAAGCGUCUAGAUUACCCAGAAGCCCAUGAGCUACAAGCCGAGGCAUUCGAUUGGUUGUUUGAGAACGAUGCCAUAGCUCCUUUCUUGGAUUGGUUCAUUGACAAUGUAGGACCAGCAAAUGUACUUUCCAGCCAAGAAAUUACAGAGUUUCAUUCUUUAGAAUCAUCCGGUGAUGGAGUGCUUGAAGGAGAGAAACUUGACAUAGCCCUGAAGAGCUCAAAUGCAGGAGAUGAUGAUGAUGAUGAUCUCUCCCCAGAAAAGCUCAAGGAGGACAUAGAAGCCAUGGAAGAAGAACUACACAGAGCUCAGAAGAAUAGGAAAAGCCUCUUGCAGCUGAGAAAUAAAUUAAGCCUUCACCAUACAGCAUUGACCCAUCAGAUUACAAAGCUCACACCCGUGGAAUCACAGACUGAACAUCAGUAUAAAACCAUGUUGGAGAACAGCCAAGAAGAUAAUAUUAAGGUCAACUCUUCUUUAGAUGAUCUGAACAAGACCAUUACUGAACUUGUAGCUCUAUCUGCGAAGAGCCUGGAUACCCAGCAUGCACCAUUCCUAUCCCAGCAGUCUUUGCAAGCUAUCCACCAAUCAGAAGAAGGCUAUACCCAGGCCCUCAAGCACUUCACCAAGAGACAAUUUUUCGAAGGCAUUGCACAGUUAGCAGGUUACAACGAAGGGUCGCGAUACGAGCUUCUAGAGGUCAGUGAACCAGGAUCUCUUGUGAUUCGUGGAGAGCAAGGUCAUGUGACCAAGGCGGAUAGUGAAGAACUAUCAAGGCUGAAAAUGAUAUAUCCGACCAGUCAACGGGGUUACAUGAAAGCUGUUCUGGAGGAAAGUAGAGUAGCUGCAGCUCACAGACUGGCUGAGAAGAGGCUUGAUUCGAUCUCACAUCAGGUCUAUCCUAGAGAUGUACACAAUCUUAGUGAGAAGUUGGAACAAUGUGAGCGGCAGAAGAAUGCUGCCCUCAACCAAGCCGUUCACAUAUGGGAGAAUGAUAUCCCUCGUUUGUUAGAGGUCAAUGCCUCCUUGCAAGCUACUCAUAUUCUGUCAGGUGAUUACAACCUCAAGAUCGCCAGACAGGAUUACUUUACAUCAAAACAAGACAAGCUUAUUGAGCUGCUUUCCAUUCAGAGAGCGCGUAAAGAGUUUGUUGACAUGGCCUACGAGGUAGAAGCACAUCAUCACAGAGCUACACAUAGACUAAUGACUGCAUCCACCAAACUUCUACAUCAUAAUCUAACCAUGCAUCAUAAAUCAAUGGCCUUCCUGUCUGAUCCUGACUUGCAUGUUAAUAAUGAAACAAGAAGUACAGUGGACAGUAGAGAUCAAACAGUCAACAGGCUACAUGAGAUGAUUGCACACGAUGGAAAGGAUGAUCAACAGCUCUUCCUGACCUACUCCAGCCUCCUUGAUGGUUGUAGAGUCUUUGUCAAUAGACUAUCAUCACUGCGAGACACGCUACGUUUGACAUCAGAUAGCCAGGAGGGUCGAUUAGCCAACUUAGAGAGGAACUUGGCUCAGUGUGAGAACAUGGUUUAUUCAGGUUCAACUACCAAGGAUGGCCAGCCAGUAUUAACACCUCCUGCCAUACUAGAGAGUAUCACUCAGCUCGACAGGAUACUAGAGGAUCUUACACAAAGUAUGAUGGACUUGAUGGGAGACUACAAUAACAAACUCAAGGCACUGAAGAGUGACCCGUUGCUAUCCGAGCAGCGUCAGCUCUUUGUUUACUUCUUCACUGAACCUGUUCAGCUGAGGAGACACCUCCAUUCGCUCUCACAGCAACUACAGACUCUGACUAUCUCAUGAACAAUCAUUCAGUCAAGACAAAGCUCUUCGUUUACUUCUUCACCGAACCUGUUCAGCUGAGGAGACACCUCCAGUCGCUCUCACAGCAACUACAGACUCUGACUAUCUCAUAAACAAUCAUUCAUUCAAGACAAAGCUCUUCGUUUACUUCUUCACCGAACCUGUUCAGCUGAGGAGACAUCCCCAGUCGCUCUCACAGCAACUACAGACUCUGACUAUCUCAUAAACAAUUUCAUUGAAAUGAUCAUGGCUUGUGCCAAGAUUUUAAGGCCAGAGGUAUCAGAGAUAAGCACGCUACACACAGAGAUGCCAGUAUUCAGCCUUCAGCCUGAUUUGGGGCCCUCGCUACCCUCCACCUGUGGCCUUUUGAGGCUCGAUUAUCGUAUGUGCAGUAUGGGACUUUGAUAUAUUCUGGGUCAAGAUGCAGGAAGAGUUACCGUUGAGUGCAACAAAAAAAAUCAAGCGCAAGUUAAUAAUGGCGGCAUCAUGGUCUAGUGGUUAUGACUCUUGUCUUUCAAUCCGAGGGUCGUGGGUUCGAAUCCCACCCACAUUGUGCUGCUCACAUUCCAGGUCAGGUGAGUAGGUAGUCGGUAGGAAGAAAAUCCUCGAAUGCUUGAGCUUGAGCGACUAUAUGGGCAGCUUGCGCUAAUCGGGGGUAAUAAUAGCAGCGCUUUGUAUCCUCAGGCAAAAAGUGCCUUAUAAAUUCAGCUAUCAUUAUUAUUAUUGAUACAUGCAAUCUGUUGGUUGUAAGUAAAUUUCUGAUUGAUUUUUGUAGUUGCAUUUAAUCAAAAUGGGACCCAGGCACUGUCUUGUGUUCCUGUAUGCAGCAACAACUCCAUAAUUAAUCCAUAGCCAUUGUUUGGUGCGGAAAAUUUGAAGUGCACUUAACCAAGGUAGAUGCAUCUAGUUGAAAUUUGUUGGUAUUCUUCUACAGGAGAUUAGAAGAACUCUGUAAAGUAAAGCGAAGCAGUUGAUUGUGAAGUCAUUUUUGUAUUGCUUGCACCAUGAUCAACCAUAUGAUGAGAAAUCUGCCCCCUCAAUCUUUUGCUCAGGGCUUUGUUGUGGGGUCCAGAUGAUGAAAGAUUUGAUCCUAUUCUCUCUGACAUUUGUUGCACGAUCCCUGGCCACAUUUCAUUCUUGAUAUACUGAAAUACUGCUAAAGCUAGAAUUACUUUGCUGCAAACUGAACCUGUUGGUGUUCAUAAUGUCCUGUUGAGAAUAUCUGUACAUAAAUAAGCAGAAUAUAAUUUGCAUACUUUAGGGCUUUAGAAGAAAAAAAGGUUAGGUUAUGCUCAUCUGAUCGACAUGACAGAAUUUCUCCUGCACCACAUUAUUUUCAAGGUGCAACCUAAGAAGGGGUUUACAUGGACUAAGCAAAUUAAGCUCACAAUAGUUUUUUUAUUGGUUUAUUGUACAGAAAAGCUUUGUGUUUACACAAUAUAAUGUGAUUCACACAUCACUAUUGUGUAUGUGUGUAUGAACAAGAGACUUGAUGCAUUCUGUGUGCAUUGUGAAUAUAAUGUGACUUUGGUCGAUCUUGGCAGUCUGUUGUAUGUUACUCUAGCCAAAGAAAGCGAGCAAAGAGUUAACAAAACAAAAAUAUACAAAUGCAGUUAUUUUGUGAGAAAAUGUCAGAUUUGGGCAAAGAAUUUGAUUGUAUCUGUAUUCAAUGGCUUAAACAUCCAAGUAAAUGAAUAAAUCAUCUCAAAUGUGAUUUUCUUUGUGCAGCACAGCAGCAAAGGCUAAAAAAAUAAUCAACCGACCGACCCAACUGUCUGAUUUUGGCUUAUGAGGGCAAUAUAACAAUUUUAAUUCCUACUAGGUUUGGCAUGGUAUAGUGUCCAGGUGGGUGUUUCAUAAAGAUGUUAAUAAGUUAAGAGCGACUUUAUGAACGACUGGUGAUCCUUUCUUGCGGUAAAUGUUAUACACCUAAAUGUUCAUUGCUGAUGGUUUAGCGUGUGAGAAAGGCUCACCAGUCGUUCUUUAAGUCACUUUCAACUUAUGAACAGCUUCAUGAAAUUGCAGUUGUGAUGAAAAAAUACAUUUGUAUUGUGUCACGUUCAUGCAUUAUUAAAUGUUUGAUGCUUCCAAAGAAAUCACACUCCAGGAAAAUAUCAAAAUUUGAAAAAUAUGCAAGAGUGCUGUUUAACACUCAUACUGAUCAAAGAAAUAGGCAUGAAUCUAACCAAAUUGGAUGUACUGAGACUAAUCUCUGGUUUGGGAAAAGACUUUUUUAAUGCUUAUUUGUAAGUGGGAACCGACAAAUGUGCCUUACAAACAAGAAUUCAUGCAAUGAAUGGCAUAGCAACGCGAAUGGCUCAUUGCAUAACCCAAUAAACUGCUUUUUAUUCUUCUUUAGAAUCCCCAAGUUACAAUGCUCUGAAGUUGUAUUCAUUUUGGAUAGAAGAUAAUGAGACAUCACACUGGAUCAGCUUCUGCAAUAUUUAACAACUUGUAAUGAUACUAAGAUACUUUGGGAGAUCAUGCUUUCGCCUGUGCAUCCCCAAAAUUAUGGAAUGGAUUGCCAUAUGUAAUUAUAUCAGUAGAAAAGUUUAAACUUAUAUUGAAAACCUAACUUUUCUGUCAAUUCCCAUACCCCCCCCCCCUAUUCUAAAUUUGUUUUCCAAACAUUUCAUAAGCUCUUGAUUACAGUGCAGAAGAAUAUGUGCACAUAGUUUUCGGGGCUAUACAGAUCAGUGUAUUAUCAUUACAACUGGUCUAAUUUACAAUGUAGAG